AAGAAACGCGCGCGCGCGCACGUAGAGCCUUAGAGCCAGCUCAAGGCGGAGAAGAUCGAUAUGGGGGAUUGCUACGUACCUAGUACACUGAUCAGCUGGGUACACGAGCAGGUUCCCUUCGUCGACCCUGGCUUCAACAAUAGCGGAGAGACAGCAGAGGAAUUGGUGGACAAUCUGAACCUGGGAGUGGCCAGUUUCUACGACUACUUUCUGAGAGCAGCAGUAUGGGGAGGAGUGGUGUUUCUAGUGGCCGCUCCUCUGCCCGUGUUGUCGUGUGUCUGGUACUGCUGUACCAUCAAGGCCUGCAGACGCAGUAGAGAGCGCGAAGGUGGUCCGAAGCGCCAUAGGCUCACUAAAGCAGUGUGUCUAGUACUGCUUAUUGGAUUGGUCCUCGCUAAUGUCUCUUUUAUUGGUGUUGGAUUGGGGGCGGAGGAACAGUUUGACAGAGAGUUCAGAAACAACUUCGACGAUAUUCGAAGUCUACUUAACAACGCCAGCAGUCUCUCUUCUAAUGCAAAUGGGAACAAUAGCAGUUCAGGGAACAGCCUAGACUCCUUCUCUUCUUUCAAGUCUGCAAGUGAAUGGGUCCUUCUCGUUUGCUUUGUUGCCCUGUUCAUACCACUGCUGGCAGUGUUGUUUGGACUGAUUGUGGCCUCCAUCUGCAAACAUCCUUCUGCCAUGAUCAUAGCCCUCAUUUUACUAUUGUUAACAACAGUCAUCCUGGUUCCUUGCAUUGGAGUCGGGGUUUUCCUUCUUAUUCUCUAUUCUGAUGUGUGUGUGGGACUGCAGUACAAGCAACUCAAUGUGACAGAAGGCUGCAUACCACAACUACAGAGCUACACGGAUAAUUUGGAAAGCUUCUGCAGUAAUGCCUAUGCAUCUUUCCUGAUGAUGGUAUUAGCUGUAGCUGGUACAGUGUUGGCACACUGUUGUCUACAACUAUCUGGCAGUUGCUUUGCUGGUCUGUAUACCGGAUACAGAAGGAGUGUUCGUAUUGCUCCAUUUGAUGACAAUACGCAUGAGAUGCAGCCACCUAGCCCUCCACCUAACUCACCAUUGCCACCUGACACUGAUGAGGCUGACAAUGCAGCUUUGUUGUUAUCCAUGGACCAGGAGCCAGCAUCAACUGCGGAAUCAGAAGAAAAUUGGCCUCAUGACCCACUACCCAGUGCCCCUCCUCCCAACACUCCUGAUCCACCACAUCUACUAGCAAGCGAGAGAAUGGGAGAGGUACGGUGCUACGAGCCGAGUUCGCUCAUUGAGAGCAUCCACAAGAAUGUCCCGUUCCUGACGGACAGGGAGCCGGGAGAGAGCUCUUCGGAGCUGGUCCUGAGCCUCGGUGACGGCACCAGGGCCUUUUACGACUACUUCGUGAGAGCCCUGUUCUGGGGGUUAUUUAUCGUCCUGGCGGCCAUAGUGUUGCUGGCAAUCUCUUGCUGCUGCUACUGCUGCUCCAUCUGCUGCUUCUGUCUCGGUCAGAGGGGAGAUGUGGCCAAGUCCAAGAGAUCCAAAUGCACCUGCGGCAUCUUUUUGCUUCUCGCUGCCAUCUCGUGUCUGUGUAUGUGUGCUGUGGGUAUAUGGGCAGAGGUGGAGUUGGACAGUAGGAUAAUGGACAAGAGCUCUAGUGUCAACAAUUACCUUGACUCUGUCCUCAACAGCCAGUCUGCUUCAGGAGAGAACUCGACAGUUGACCCUUUUGUAGCUGCAGAUCAAGCAAGACACUGGGCAACGGUGGGGUUCCUGAUAAUGGUGAUGACUCUACUGGUGGGAGUCAUCACUGUCGUUCUCUGUGCUCCAGUCUGCAAGUCACCGACUGUUGUUGUCGUAACUGUGGUACUGUGUACCAUCAUCACCUUACUGACCGCCUUUGCAGCUGGGGCAAUUUUGUCUUUCCUCGUGAUAUUCUCUGAUGUGUGCUAUGGUCUAUUCAGCCUCGGAGGAAAAGAAAGCUGUAGCAUUGAGAGCUCUGCAUAUAGAGAUGACCUCAAUGUGUUCUGCAAUGAAGCAUACCAGUAUGGCAUGGUGUCGUUUGGAAUAGCAUGCAGUCUGGUGAUAGGGUUCUUCAUAGUUCAAAUUCUCGGUGGAGUUUUUGCCGGUCUGCUAACAGGAAAUUCACGUCUGCCACUGACAAAAUCAGACAUUGAACUAGAUGGUCCUUCCGUAUGGGAUGCUUACGGAACUCACAACCUAAGUGGAUUAACAACAGAGUCAGUCGAAAUAUCAGAUUCUUUUGAGUCCACCAUGCAACUGUAUCCAGAUAACGGUGCCAAAGUUCUGCCAAACAAGGAUCUCCUAAGAGCCGUCUCGGUGGUUAUAGAGUACAUAUGCUCAGGUCAUGAUAACUGUCCUGUAGCGGCCCCUGCACUGGAGCAGAUUGACUUUGAAUGUAUCCGUGGACAGUGGAGCAAUAGUGUGUUAGGGAUGACUGCUAAUACUCGUUCCACUAACACUGAAGCUAGUUUCACAACUACUAGCAGAGAAGACUGUGCACAGUGCAUAGCUCCUGAGCUGGGCGAAAAAUUUUCCUUCAUUACUGAUAGUAUCACUCACUGUAGAGGUGACUGUGGACCUCCUGUUGUCCCUGCUAAUGGAGAUGUGAGGGUGUUUGGAACAUCAGUUGCUGUCUAUUUCUGUGAUGACGGAUACUAUCUGGCUGACAGGAGCUAUAGAGUGUGUUUGGAUAAUGGUGCCUGGUCAGGUAGUGUCCCUGCAUGUAAUAAAUUGGUGGAUACAAGCGAAGAUAUGAUAUUCAAAAUAGCUACCAUAUCUUUGGGAGUGUUGUCUGUCAUCUUGGGAGUAGUUCUAACACUAUCGCUUGUUGCUGUGAGGAAGGUUCACAAGGAGGUUAUUAUCAUGAAAUCCAGACAUGUUCAGAUAAAUACUGCACCCAAUGAAUCUUACGCGAUAUUUGGUAAUUCAAAGCAUAGUUCUCACUCUGCUACAAACCUAGAAGGUGGCAGUGCUCCUGAGUCCGACGCGGAAUAUGCAACAGUUCAUCACAUGAAAGGAACUUGUAAUGCUGGGAGCCUACCCAAUAUCAGUGUUGCAGAUGGAUCCAUAACUGUAAGACAGAAAAAGGAUUACAAACCGUAAACAUGUCUGGUGUAUCAGAAACUGUACAGGUGGUUAUCGAAAACUGCAAAGAUCACAAUAUAUAGAGUGUGUAAAAUAACAGGCUUCAAAA